AUGAAGUUUAAGUAUAAGGAAGACAACAGUUUCGGUAUGUUCCCUUUUGAGCUACUCAUUGUUCUCUCUGUUUUUAGACAUCCGUUUGGCGGAUUCUGCCAAGAUAAAGAGGAAGUACCCUCAUCGUAUUCCCGUAAUUCAUUUUUUCCAAUGCCUCGUACUUUAUUUGUUUCCAGCCGUUCAUAUUACAUCCUCAAUGUCUUACACUUAAGUAUUUUAGUACCUUUUACGAUCAGAAAACGUUAUUACUUAGGGUCUUCCAAGUUCGGCGGGACACCUUUGUCCUGAUGGUUUGAUUAGACUGGGAGAGAUUCCUUACAUACUCUGCUUUCCCGCAAUACGCUAGUUUUGUUGCAGACGAUACUUACAUAUUUCAUUUUCAAAAAGGGACGCGUUCUACUUUUCUUUUACACUUGGUAUGCUUUCGGAUGAUAGAUAAACUAUGAUAACUCCGGCCUUCUACUUAAGUAGAAGUCGGGUGCAAUUUCACCCGACGACAAGCCCAGACUGGUUGCGAAAUCACCGUUUGAAGGCAGUCCACCACGAAAUGCAUAUUGCAGCGAGCGCUGUAUGUUUAUAUUCCGAGAUUUUUCAUCUCGAAAGUAAACUUUGCUAGUCUAGCUAUCAAUAUUUUUGCUCGAAACUGCCAAAAUUCUCGGGAUUUGCUUUGUAAUAUAUGUCGACGAAAACCGACCUGGAAGGAAAUAAGCAAACAAUUCGGAAGGCUAGGCAGUUCGAUGCCAUAGAAGACGGAUUUUUCAACAUUGCGGACCAAAUAGACGUAGGCGAUGUCUCGUCACUAAUGAGACUAACCGGCCGAGGUAUUGUCGGAUAAUUAUACCUAUUAAUAGUAGAGACAGAGCCGUCCAGCCUUCUAUCACCCAUUAGAAGUCAGUUUUUUUAGAAAUUUCAUAAAAUACCCAGUGCAUCUGGACCUGCCCACUGACCCUUUUCCAGCAUCAAUGCCGACUUUUACUUAUUUUACAUCUUUACUCCAUAACAGUUAACGACUCUUCGAUGCAAUUUCUAGGUCAUCGUUGAACGACACCCGAACUCGAAAAUUGCUGAUUUGGAUAAGCACAAGUUUCUCGUCCCUGACGACAUAACGGUCGCCCAAUUUAUGUGGAUUAUACGGAAACGUAUAGACUUGACAUCAGAAAAGGCCUUGUUUUUGUUCGUUGGCGAUGUAAUGCCUCAAACAAGGUAAGCACUGCAAAUGCUUCCCUUAUUUCAACCUGUUGGAGUGAUUAAAUUUGUUCUCUAUGUUAACUGUCAUGAAGCCGGUGCCACAGUUACCUGCCCUUUAUUCAAGCUUAGAUGCAUCGGUUUGUAAUGUUCAUUUUUGAUAUCACAUAGAGAGGGCAGUUUGCUGACCAUUCUUUCGUCCACUUCUAUCCUCCCUAUCUGAUCCAGCUUCUGUGAACUUGACUGAUUUUCACCCCUCGAGCUUCAUUGACUUGAUGUAUAUCCCACUUACUGUUUCGACAAGUACAAGGACUAGACGUUCACUCUACUUUAGAAUUCAUUAUCACUGUCGCCCGUAGGUUGUAGCAACGUUUUCUGUGUUCGGGCUAUUUAGGGACUUAACGCCUUUAUCUUAUUCAACUCAGAUUGCUGUUGCCAUCAUUACCUGCUGUUAUAAGUCACGGAAGUGGCUUUUGAGUUCUUGUCUGACGUGUAAUUGCUUCGUCUGGCUUUCCUUCAUAGUCCAUCCACUGAGUAUUUUCAAACCGUAUUCCGCUUCUAUAGUGUCACUGUGCAAGGUUUAACUGUCGAAUUUUAAGGUUUGAUUGAUCGUCUCACCGUUCCCAUGUCUACGGUCUGUGCUUCUACUCACGGAACUGUUAACUGUUUAUGCAGCAUUGGAUUAUCCUGACAGAACGCGCUGAAGCAAUUCUUUCGGAGGGUGGGUUUUUCGCUGUCCAGUGACCUCGACGUCGUCCUCGUGUCUGCUGCUUUGUAACUUGUGCCAUCUGUUACUUAAUGCCAGCUUUUCGCUGGCUAACAAUCUUUCGGACCAGCGCCGAAUCCAUCUCUUCAUGGAGUCGAAUUCUCACAUGCGUCCAUAAAUAAGCCGUUUCCCCAAGUAUUGUACCCAAAACGGACGUUAGGCACCGUUGAAUCUUUCUAUAGAAACCUUGGAAAUUAAUCAUAUACGCGUUUUGUCUUCCUACAUGGCACCAGGUCAAUUCUCCCGUUUUUUUGUGUGCUGCUCACAUGCAAGGCGGCGAUGCCGUUCAACCGGACGACAGUUUGCCGUUGUGUCGGGUUGGAGUGAUCGAAUUCCGCCAUAGUUGGCCAGAAACCUCGUCUGAUAGGACCUGCAAUUGAAUCCACUGACCGGGGCUCAUUCUGUUGGUUUCUUACUUUUAGAUUGCCGCCUAUUCAGUCGUCAUGAGGUUGUGUCAGACCAUCAGCCAACCGUGCCGUUAGCAGCCACUUUGGUAGAUUAGCGGGCUGACCGGAAAAGUCUUCUGCAUUUAAAAGUAUGCCUUUACUUGACGUUGGUACCAACUAGUUCGAUCCAUCUCCAUUGAAAAACGUUAAUUACUAACGGCCUGGAGCACUGCCAGAUCCAGUACUGUUCAGACACUUUUAAAUCGUUGGUUGAGCAUUUGGCGCACCUACCCGCAUGUAUAUUGAUCCGGGCCUAUUUUUGCCAGUGCUCAUAGUUGCUCGUUUUUAACAGCGGAUGUUCUUCAUUGGCGGCCGGCUUAGGCGAAAGAGGAAACACGGUGCUCUUUCUGACACUGAAGUAAGCUUAGGGCGUUAGAAAAAGUAGUCAAAGCGUUGCAGCCGUUAUCGUCUUCCCCUACGCAAACGACAUAAAUUUCCAAGUGACGGUCCUACACCUCCGGGAGUUUCUGUUACAGGACUGCCUAGAGGCCGUCUAUGAAGGCGUUCGCGCGACCGCCAUAUCAGUCAGACUGGAGGACGAUGUAUGAGCAGUUACUGAUACGGCCCAUAAAGCCUUCUCCGCACCCCCAGCGCCAUCUUUCGAAAGUUUUUCCAGUCUCCGGUAUCUUGGUUGGUGGGUCGCCCGGAAGAAACGCUACUAACAUAUUUCCGAGACCUCCAUGAAGUAUUAACAGCAUUUUCGAGACCUGGCCAGGCAGUACUUCCCCGUCCCUCACGGCCGCUGGGCCGAAGUCCCACGCACUGGAACUCUUUAAACUGCCUUACACAUUGCGAGGUCCACCGACAGUUUCUGCGUUAUCCAUCGCUCACUAUCAAAGUGAAUCUCGAUUGUACACUCGCCAUGCUCCUCCGGACCCCCUCCCGCUGUGCACCAGUCUUUCUCCGUCGGUUACCGUCACCAUUUUUCAAUGUCCUGGGUAGGGACUAGGGCGAUUGCUAAUGCCACGGGCUGCCGGGGCAGUUUUUAAGCAACGGUGACUUGGAUCUAACGGCUAGGAUUCCAGUCAUUCUUCGUGGGUUCACCCACCAUCUGAAAACAUUUCAGCCCGCAAAAGACACGUUAUUCUAGGCCAAUGUCAGAACUUGAUUGGUCGAUUGCUUCUGCUCCGAUUUGUCAAAUCCAUCUGCCAUCGUUUAUUGUUAUCACAUCUCAGUCUCCCAUCAGUCUUUCGUCGUUACCUUGAGAAUUUAUCAUCAAAUACUUCUAUUAAUGCCGAACUAAAAGGACGUCAUGUCUGACUCGGACUGCUCGUUGAUACCAAUGUUGGAUGCUUUUCGUCAGCUGCUCUUUUAAUAUCUUUUUGUUUACCAGUUUCACUGUAUGCAUUGGUCUGCAGCUUGCACUGCGCCGAGUGAGCAGGUCUUGGGCUUAAGUUCUAGCAACAACCCGAUCGCGGCAGUUCCAGUUACAAGUAUUACUGUUGAAAGUCCUCGAAACUGUUGUCUAUAUUUCCGUUGUAUGCCGUUUUAGCGCGACUAUCGGCCAGUUGUACGAGGACCAUCGGGACGACGACGGCUUCCUUUACGCGCAUUACAGCGGGGAGAAUUCUUUCGGCCUUUAA